ACGUCUCUUCCAAUCGGUCCUUUUUAAUCCAUCAUCGGCAUACGAAUCGCUGGUGAUAUACACUUGAAGAAGUGCAAUUCUCAUCGAGGAACCGGAACAGUUUUUGCCAUUUAGUUCGAUCGUGGAACACCGCGAUGCACAUGCUCGCCCCUGCACGUGCACGACUUUUCCACAGGAUGCUUGCUGUAUUCUUGUUGCUCGUACAAGCACUAUUUGGGGAUGAAACUGAGGCUAGUGUUCUCGUAGCUGACACCACGAUGUCCAGAAUGGUGGAAUUGAACGCAGACGCGCCCUUUUGUGCUUUAUACACCGAUCGUGGUGUUAUACAGAGGAUGGUUCUUGGGGCUGAUCCCAAAAAAGUCCGACAAAUGUCCAGUAAUCUUGUGGCAGAUCUGGAGGAGACGUGUAAAGCCUCUCGAGACAAAGGAAAGAACCAGCCACCAGGCGGAGGACUGAUCUACCCAGGCACGAAAUGGUGCGGACCAGGCACUCUGGCGACGUCGUACGACGACCUUGGCUCUCACAGAGCCGAAGAUAUCUGCUGCAGAGAGCACGACCAUUGUCCCACCACGAUAGCGCCACAUGAGUGCAUCCAUGGCAUAUGCAACAAUUCACCUUUCACACGGUCACACUGUGACUGCGACGCGAAAUUCCGACGAUGUUUGCAGAAUCUCAACACGGAAGUGGCGAACACCCUCGGUGCACUCUUCUUCAACGUGAUACAGGUGACUUGCUUCAAGGAGAGACGUCCAUGCUCCCAGUGGCAGAGAAAUGGUUACGCGGAAUCGGUAUCGAACCGGUUGUGCUCCCAGUACAAAUUCCGACCAAGCGACAAGUACGUGCCGCUGAUGCCCCUGAACGUGAACUAGCUAUUACGGAAACGCAAGAAGAACGGACCAGACAGCCUUUGAAGUGGUGCCAGUUAACAGAGUACCAAUGAGCGAGAUAAUUGCACGCGCCUCAGCCGCGUUCCUCGCGCUCCCUUCUCUUUCUUUUCAACGCUGUCCCAACAUUAUCUGGGAAUCGAACAUCACGUUCUUUCCCGGUCAUUCAUGAAUUUACAUCGUUACAGGUCACCGUUUCCUCUGGAAUGCCAUUUUUUACCUCGAUUUCACUAGCUACAGAGAACUAUCAUUUUCUUUACCCCUUUAACCUGUUAACUGGGUUCAUCUCGCAAACAGAAAUUAAAUCUCUCUCCAGUUUGUAAUUAAAAAUGAGGAAAAAUUACAACCAAUUACCAUACUUUGCCUCUUGAAUAAAUAGAUUAUUCUGUUCUAAAUAUUAAUGAACCAACGACUAC